AUUAAAAUGCUUAGUUAUUUCAUUUCUGCAAAGACAUCAGGACCUCGAGAUGUGUGAAGAUAUAACCCCAUUUUAACAUUAAGAUAAACAACAGGAAGAUGGCAGAUCAAGAGGAUGCAGCAAUAUGGAAAAAAUUGAAUAUAAACAGGAGAUUUUUACCAAUCAAGCUUUUUUACUUCUUUACUACAGCAGCUAUUGGGGAUCUCCUACCAUUCAUCCCUCUCUAUAUGAAACAGAUAGGCCUCUCCUCUACACAGACAGGGAUCAUCUAUGGAAUCAUGCCAUUUGUAGGGUUCUUGAUACGACCAAUUAUCGGAAUUAUAGCAGAUAAGUUUCAGAAGCAUAAAUUAUGUCUGAUUCUGAGUAUCUUGUUCACUGGAGUGUUUUACAUGUUGAUACUUGUCAUUCCUUCAGACACUACCUCCUAUGUUUCUGUUGAGACCAAGAUUUCUUGUAAUGAAUAUGACUCGUACAUCCAUGACUGUACUAAAAAUAAAUCUGAAGAGUGUCCAUUAGGAUUUGAAAAUCUUCUGCUUAGUGUGAACAAGUCCCAUCAUUCUACAAAUUCAUCUAUACAGGUCAGCAUGUUUGGAGGUCAGCCUAACUCCUCAGCGUCUUAUUCCGUCAUUCCAUCUCAAGUGAAAGACAAGUCUUAUCCUCGCUUAAGUUGUUCAGUGAUUUGUAAGCCAACCACAGCAUUCCCUGGAGAAGUUUGCUUCACCGACCAAGCAGAACUAGAUCAAUGUUUGGGACAGCAGACCUCACCAGCAAAUCUACAGUUUACGAUAUAUGAUAUUCUUGGUUCAACAAGGGAAGUAGUUGCUGAUAGGCAGAUUUUUGGUGAUACCGAAUGUCGUGAUUUUGCAAUGAACAAUGUGACAGUAGAACAACGGAGAUACUGGAACAUGUUCUGUGACCACGAGACAGAAUUUAAUUGUCAUUUAAAAUGUGACCUUGGUUCAACGGAUCAGUGUGUUACCAAAUCUGCUCACGUCAUGAGAGACAAAUUUGUUUUAUUCCUUGUUAUUUACUUGUUUGCAAACAUUGCAUUUGCACCUGUGUUGAGUAUGGGAGAUGCUAUUGCUUAUGAUAUUCUGGGUGACAGCCAUCGCGGGAAAUGGGGUAAACAGAGACUAUUUGGGACGGUGGGCUUCAUGCUGUUUGCGCUGUCCUCCACUUUUAUUAUGUAUGAGAUCAGCAGUAGCAAUGAGGAAAUUGAUUUUUCUGUGUCAUUUUACAUUUUUGGGGGACUGUGUGGUCUCUCUAUUUUAUCUGUGUGGAUAAUGCCUGUCUCAGGAAACAUUUCCAGUAAAAACAUGAUGGUACAUAUAUGGGGCGUUAUGAAGCAUCCACAAAUUGUCAUCUUCCUGGGGAUUGUCUUCUUUUUUGGACUCUAUACUGGAGCAAUAGAGACCUUUUUAUUUUGGUAUUUAGAGGAAGAGACUAUUGGAUACUUUCAAGUCAUUCCAGGAUUUUGUCUGGCCAUUGCAUGCCUUUCAGAGACAGUGCUUCUUUUUGUGUCUGGGGCUAUUAUUAAAAGACUAGGUCACCUGAACUGCAUCUACUUGGUGUUUGCAGCGUAUUCCUUAAGAAUGUUGGCCUACUCAUUCCUAGAUAGUGUGUUUGGUGUCUUGCCCAUAGAACUGUUACAUGGCUUUACUUUUGGAAUCAUGUGGGCCACAUCUACAUCUUACGCCAGCAUCAUUUCACCUCCCGGUAUAUCAGCCACAGUUCAGGGACUUCUGGGUGGAAUUCACUUUGGAUUUGGUAAAGGAGUGGGGUCAUUAUUAACUGGCUGGCUAUAUAAGGUGGUCGGAAUCCGCUGGGCAUGGAGGAUUUAUGGAACAUCAUCCGUGGUCCUACUUCUAAUCUACUUAGCAGUGAACAAAACUGUAUUCAAAAAGCCACCGACGGAACUGGCUGAAAACCAGAGAGAGUUGGAUGUGGCACUCCAUAAAGAGAGAAAAAGAGGAAAAGACCAAAGUAAACAUGACAAGAUAGACAAAUCAGUGAAUACCAAUAAACCUGUGGAACAGCCGGAGAGUGAACCCUUAGUGAGCAGUUCAGGAGAGGAUCAAACAGGGGUGGAGACCACUGAUAAAGUUUGAAAAACUGAAACAAAUCAUAAAGACAUUAUUCUUUAGUUCAUGUGUUUUGUAUCUGUGAUUACCUACCUUAGAAAUUCUUAUGUAGAAAACAGAUUUCUGAGAGGUGCUACAGUGGCCAUAUCAAGAAUCAGAAAUAAUUAUAUUUAAAUCAAUUUAAUAAACAUUGAUUUGUGUCUUUUGCAGUUCCACAAUUUCAAAUGUAGUUUGACUCUGGACAAAGGAUCACAAUAAACCUGUCCAAUUACAGAUAUGUUUUGGAACAAAUGUAAAUUACUCAAAGAAUUGCCAGUUGGCUAACCACAAAAAUAUGCUGACUGAUUAGUUGGUUAAUCCUAUAAAAUAAAAAUUUCUUGAUGUUUCUAUGUAUUUUUUAAGUGAAUGAUAUCUGUAGAAUAGACUAAAUGAAA